AUGGAGGAUACAAAUGGAUCUCUGAAAGGCUCCCACGUCGUGGACGGGAUGAAUGGGUCCCUCAAACCCUCUCUCAGUGGAUCCACAGGCAUAUCUAGGAGGAGAACGGCGCACAAAGGGCCUAGUUUCCUGGCCCGCAGCUUCAGCCUCGCGGCAAGGGUGCUUACUUGGUACUCCAUCGUCACCAUACUUUUCCGAUGCCCGUCCACUUUAGAAGCAUGCGACGAGACCUCUCCCGCGAUCUGUAGGCCAUACCUCCAGAUCAGACACGCCGUGUCACCGCACCUUGAACCAUAUUACGAUGCCUACGCUGCGCCGUACGUCGACCUUGUUCGGCCGUAUUACAACACCCUCGACCGCGUAGUCAUCGCGCCUAGCUGGGGCUACGCGUCCAAAUACGGCGCGCCGCGAGUUGCACAGGCACAGGCACACGGGAAGGCGCUGUGGGAAACGAAUGUCCAGCCGCAGUUGCUGAAAUACCAGACCAGCGCGAAGGCCCGGUACGACCAGAGCCUCGCCCCCCACAUCUCCCGUUUCUCGACUACCGUGGGCCCAUACUACGAUGUUGCGAAGACGAAUGCUUUGCAGACGUACUACGAGUUGCUGCUACCGUCUUACGAGUUCAUCCAACCGUAUGCUCACCAAGGCUACCGCGCCACUUCUGCCUUCGUUACCGACACGGCUGUCCCGUCGGCCGUCUGGUCGUUCAACAGGACCUACGUUUUCCUCGACAGCACCAUCUGGCCACGACUAAGGGUCGUCUACGUUGAGAAUGUCGAGCCGCAGCUGGUCAAGAUUGGGCAACGGCUAGGCCGCUACAACGGGAAGACCCGAUCUCAAACACCCGUUGUACAGACGUUUUCUAGUCCAGUGAGCACUGCCGCCUCUUCCUUCACCAAGCCUGCCCCGCCUGCAUCGUCGUCCUCGGUGGCCACCUCAUCUACUACUGAAGAAUCAUCGAGCACCCCUAGCCCCGAGACGUCCAGCGUACAAUCCACCGAGCCAUCUCAUGCCGCGGCGGAGCCGGCAGGGCUAAGGAAUUCCGCCGAACAAAUCCAGGCGCCCGAGCUUGAAAAGGGCGAAGAGGGGAAUGAGGUGCGCAAGACGGCUCGCGAAAUUGUCGCCGAGGAUCUUAGGGAUUGGCAAGAGAGAUACGCAAAGGCGGCGGACGAGGGCGCUGCCGAGAUGGAGGACCGCGUCGCGGAAAUAUCGAAUCGCAUGAUCAGUCAGAGCGUGAAGAGGACUGGCAAGGCGCUGGUUGGGCAGCUCCAGUCCACCGUGGUAUCCGAUCUCGUAGCCUUGAGACGGGAUAUCCUGAACAUCGUCGGCGCCGUGGCCAAGGGGAGCGCCAGCGCCGAGGCAGCCAACGAGCAGAUCAACAUAGUGGUGCGCCGAGCUGGCAUGUCGAUCAAGGACAAGGCCCAGGAGGUCCGCACCUGGCGGGAGAAGUACGAGACUGAGUUGCAGGCGUCGAUAACAACAGCUGCCCAGGAGCACUUCACAAUCCUGGACGGGAUCCGAGACCUCGCCAUCCAGAAGAUUGGCAUGAAAUGGGCCUGGAUGGACGGCGUCACGUAUAGGGACUGGGCGAAGUACCACCAACUGAAGGGCCGGUUCGACGAGUGGCAGGGUGACCUGCACAAACUGAUUGUCAGCCACCCCGCCCUCGAAGCCGCGCAGCUCGAGGGUGCCAACAUCGAGGACGAGGCCAUGGCGCUCGCGCAAUCUGCCGCCAAGGAACUCGCCCGCCUGAAGCAGGUCGCCGGCUGGAAGAUCGUCGCCAAGGACGCUACGACCGAGUUUGACAGCGAGCUGAUGAAGCAGGCGGCCGAAGCUGUCGAGAGUGCCAGGGCUGCUGAAGAAGCCGUCGAUAGCGAGGUCAAGGGCCGGACAGACAACGCGGCGGAUACGGCCGAGUCCGUCGCCGAAGCAGUCGUCGGCGAGGCCGCAUCCGUAUUCGAGCCCGCAGAUGCAUCCGAGACUGUCGUGUCAGCCGCUGAGCCAGUCGAGAAUGCCGCUUCGGCUGCGUCGGAAUCACUCGAGGCUUCGGCCUCAGUUGUCUCUGAACCGGUUCACAGUGCCGCUUCGGUCGCGGCAGAGUCCGUCGGUAGCGCCUCUUCUAUUGCGUCGGAGUCGCUCGAGAGCGUUUCCUCCGCUGGCGAGAGCGUUGCCAGUAGUGUUUCCGACGAUGUCUCCAGCUUCGCCGAGGAAGCCGCGUCGCCGACUUCCAAAAACCUCAAGUCAUCAGCGUCCGGAACGAUCAGUGAGGCCACCGAGCAAGCUUCCAGCGUAGUCGAGGAGCUGUCCAAGUCAGCCAGCAGCGUCGCUUCAAGCGUCGAGACCGCCAUUACGGACGAUACCGAAGAGCUGGGCCAAGACGCCCCCGAUCUUGCCGCGGAGGCGACAGCGGCCGUCCUCGUCGAGACUCCUAUCAUCCUUGGAAACACAACCGAGCUUGAAGAGGAUGGGCCGGCUCCGGUCGAAUUGCCGGUUGAAGAGUCGGAAAUCGAAGAGUCGGUGGAGGAGGACUCGGAGGAGGAAGACUCAGAGGAAGACGACACACCGAUAUCAUCAGCGACCGCUUCGGUCAAGUCGGCCAUGUUCGGCGCCGCGGCACAGUCUGUUCCCAGCCGCGAACCCGUCUUCGACGAUGACGCCUUUGACAACGCCGCGAGCGCGAUGAAGUCGAUCCGGACCGAGCUGCCCGCCUCACUCGCAUCCAUAGCCGAGUCAGCCUACUCGGCAGCCAGCUCUCGUGCUGACCAGCAGUACUCACGGGCACUGUCCAUGGUGUCUGCGCAGAUACGUGGGACCCCGAAGCCGAUGCAAGAGAAGAUCCUGGCAUCCGUCACGUCCGCAUACAGCGAUGCCAUGGAAUCCGCCAGGUCUCGUCUCGACGACGCACUCCGAGUUGCCCGCGAGCAAAUUGGCGCUACGUCGACAAGUACAAACAUACUUCCCACUUCCAUCCCCGUUCCAACGGUUCCGACGGUGGACUGGUCGCGUGUCGAGUCCAUCGCCGCAGAGAGACUCAACGAGGGACGAGCUUGGGCUGAGGAGCAGUACGAGAGCGCAAAGAUAGCCGUCGGCCUCGCAACACCAACCGCCUCCACCCCUGCCGAGCUCGCAGAGAAGCUGCUCGACAGCGCGAAACACAACUACUACGCCGGCCUGGGCGUGGCACACGCGCGCUACUCGGAAUUCAUCGAGGCCGCCUCGGCCGCCUUCAGCUCCAUGACGGCGACGCCGACGCCCACCGAUCUGGCCGGCACCGUCUCAUCCGCGGCGUCGGUUGCCAGCGAGUCCGCCGUUUCAGCGGGCGGGGCUAUUGCCGACAGCUGGGACGCCGCGCUCAGCGGGAUCAGCGCCCAGGUCUACGGGGCCCCGACCCCGACGCCGUGGUACGAGAGCCUGUGCAGCGCGGCCAGCGACGGCGCAACAUCGGCCGCCGCCGCGGCCGGCACACACGCCGCGGCGGCGACGGAGGAGGCGGCAAGCCGGUACUCGGCCGUGAGCAGCAUCGUCUCGGAGCUCGUCGCCGGCAAGGAACCUACCUUCACGGAGAGCGUCUACUCGCGCCUCGACGCAGCCUACUCGGGCGUCGCGGCGUCGGCGGUCAGCCUCGCCGGCGAGGCGCAGGCCACGGCGUCAGAGGCCUUGGACAAUGCAUCCGAGGCAGUCAUGAGCGCCGGCGAGCGGGUGGCCAGUGCGGCGUCGGGGGCGGCGGAGGCCGUGAGGGAUACGGUUGGGGGAAGUAGUAAGGAUGAGCUCUGA